UGUCGAACGUUGAAACGGAAAACACCCAUCCCGUUGGUGCGUGCGUGCGUGAGUUAUCUUUGGACGUAACCUUGUGACACUUUGGGACACGCCUCCUCUCCGGCGCCAUCCGAUGACCUUGGCCGUUACGUGAACCGUGCUGAACCCGUGUCCACUUGUGUCGCCUUGCAUCUAUUAGUUGACCGUUGCGUGCUUGUUGACGCGAAUGUGAAGUCAACGCCGCGCCGUGACGUAAUUAUCGGCCGUAUUGGUCGUCGUAGUCGUCCAGUCGUUGUGUGUUCAUAACUUAUAAACCGACACCGUCUUGAUACGGGCGGCAAGCACGUGCAUCACUGCCUGUAUUGGUGAAGCUCUCCAAGCACAAGUUGUGUGUCUGCUACUAGUCGCACUCAAUGUUUACAGUCAAUUGAAGCUGCUGACUUGCAGGUCUCCGCGACAAAAGUGUAUUUGUCGGACCCAUUACCAGCGAAUUCGGGAUGAUUUCGUUAAUAAAUCUAUUUGUACACUAAUUUUAGACUGUCCAAAAUGGAGUGAAACAUCGUCAGCACCCGCAGAAUGCCAUCCACCGAAACCAAACGCACUGUGAACGCUGCUGUCUACUAGCUUUACGUCGUCUUAAAGUUAGUUUGUACCUCUACGAAGUAUAGUUGUGAGUCAUGGAUCGAAUACUGCGAGGCGUGAUGCGGUAUCGCAACACCACCCGCGAGCAGAUGGUGAAGGAGUUUCAGAAAGUCCGGGACAAUCCACAGCCCAAAGCGGUGUUCUUCACCUGCAUGGACAGUCGGAUGAUCCCCACCCGGUACACGGACACGCACGUGGGCGACAUGUUCGUGGUGCGAAACGCGGGCAACCUGGUCCCGCACGCCGAACACUUCCAGGACGAGUACUUUAGCUGUGAGCCGGCAGCGCUGGAGCUGGGCUGCGUGGUCAACAACAUCAAGCACAUCAUCGUGUGCGGCCACAGCGAUUGCAAAGCUAUGAACCUGCUGUACCAACUACGGGAUCCGCAGUUUGCUUCCAGGAAAAAUCGUCGAAUUUCCCCGCUCCGUGCGUGGCUCUGCGAGCACGCCGACACGAGUUUGGAAAAGUUUCAAAACCUUCAGGAAACCGGCCUCGACAAACCCAUCAUAUUCUCGUCGGAAACGCCCCUCCGGAAGUUUGUGGCGUACAUCGAUCCGGAGAACCAGUUCGCCAUCGAGGACAAGCUGUCCCAGGUGAACACGCUGCAGCAGAUCGAGAACAUUGCCUCGUACGGGUUUCUGAAGAAGAGGCUCGAAUCGCACGACCUGCACAUUCACGCGCUGUGGUUCGACAUCUACACGGGUGAUAUCUACUACUUUAGCCGCAACUCGAAGCGAUUCAUUCCGGUCGAUGAGACCACUAUCGAGCGGCUGCUGAAUGAGGUCAACCAGUUCUAUUCGUGAUGGAGUUGGUGGGAAGCUCGAAAAUAAAAUAUUUCUAGGUUAGAAAUUGUGUCAAGAUUUGUUACUUGUUUUGCUUGAAACUGAAAGCUUUUAUACGAACUUAUUUUUCGAAUG